AAAUAAACAGAGGGCAUACUUUAUCUAACAUAUUGCUUUGUGUAAGGAAAAAAGAAAUAACAAAAGAAAAUAGCUUGUUUUUGAAAAAAAUGUGAUAAAAUAUUCAAAUUGAUUGUAUUCAGCUGCAAAAAAAUAACGAUUGUAACCGAAGGAAAUGUACUGUGUGAAAUCAAAAAUGUAGAAGAAUGUUUUGGAUUCACGUGUUUACAACUGUAUUCGUUAUCCUCCAGCAUUUAACGGGGAGCUGGUCAACAGAGGCUGCGUUGGCUGUUCACAAAACCCGGCUGUGUAUGGUGUUGGAUCCAGAUUGUAAGGAAAAUGGAGGGAACAGUUGCCAAAGACAUGAGAGGUGUGAUGAUGAAAGUCAAUACUGCUUCACUGCUUGGAGUCCCAGCAAUACUUCAACUAAUGGAAUUAAACUAAUGCACCAAGGAUGCUGGACUCAGAACCAGGGCUGUGAGAAUGACAGUUGUGUACAGUCCAGUGAACACCAGACACACAGUGUGGGCUUUUGUUGUUGUCGCACAGACCUAUGUAAUUACAACAUCAGUAUGGCAGGAAGCUCUCCGGCCUCAAUAACUGAGAAAGAUACAACCACUAAAAUCAACGCUAAUGGAAAAGCCAACAAAGUGAUGAAGAUCAUGAUGUAUUCAUUGGUGCCCAUCAUAGUACUAGUAAUACUCAUCGUCAUGGUCUUUGUCAUGUGGCGCUGUUAUUACAACCGAAACAUGUACACUUCUCACCUACAACUGCCAGCCAGUGACCCUGAGAUGGGGACUCAAGAGUUUAAUCAGCCUCACCGUCCCAUCCAGUUGUUGGAGCUUAGGGCUCAUGGAAGGUUUGGUGAAGUUUGGAAAGCCAACAUGCUGAAUUCAGUUGUUGCUGUAAAAAUCAUGCCAUUCAAGGAAAAAGCAUCUUGGUUGGCAGAGCAGGAAAUCUACAACUUACCACAUAUGAGGCAUGACAACAUCUUGCUGUUUGUUGGUGGGGAAAAACAUGAGGAAAAUCUUUGGCUUAUUACCGAAUUCCAUGAGAAAGGUUCACUUUGUGACUUUUUGAAGGGCAACACAGUUACUUGGAGUCAGUUGUGUAAAAUCUCUGAAUCCAUGGUUAGGGGUUUAGCCUACCUGCAUGAUGAUGUUUCACUAACCAGAUGCCAGUCUAAACCAGCUGUGGCACAUCGAGAUUUCAAAAGUAAAAAUGUAUUGCUGAAGGAAGAUCUGACUGCUUGUAUUGCUGACUUUGGACUGGCAUUGAAAUUUGAGCCUGGUAAAAGCCCUGGAGAGACACAUGGCUUGGUUGGAACGCGGCGAUACAUGGCACCUGAAAUAUUAGAGGGUGCGAUCAGUUUUAGGAAGGAUGCUUUUCUGCGGAUUGACAUGUAUGCCUGCGGACUGGUCCUCUGGGAGCUCCUGACUCGUAAUUCGUGUUCUGAUCAACCGUCUGAUGAAUAUCAGUUACCAUUUGAAGAGGAAGCAGGAUCCCACCCAACACUAGAGGAUAUGCAGGAACUUGUAGUGAUGAAAAAACUAAGGCCAACUAUAAAGAAUCAUUGGCUUCAACAUCCGGGCUUAGAGCAGAUUGCAGCCACCAUAGAGGAAUGCUGGGACCAGGAUGCAGAGGCUCGAGUGUCAGCCAUCUGUGUCAAGGAGCGUUUGAGUCAGUUAAGUCGUACACUAAAUGUGUCCACCUCUAGCCACAACCUGAGCAUCUCGCCCAAUCAGAACAUAUACUACCACAUUUCCUCCGUGUCAACCUAGUAACCACAAAACAGAUCCCACAAGCAUACCUCAUACAUGGGCAAUUAGUUCUGAUAACACGACUUGUGUGAAGAAGACUGCCGCUAACUCAGGAGAUACAAUUACAUGUGGAAAACAUAUUUAUAGAUCUUUAAUUAGGGAGAAUGUAUGUUGUCUACCAGGCCAUUUCUCUUCAUGCUGGACAAAUUAGGAGAGGCAGAGAUGUGUUUAUUGCUACAUGACCUAUUACAGUAGUGUACAGAUAUUAAUAGCUAUUCAUUCUUGAUAUACAUCUUUCAUAUGGAAUUUGUUUGGUCAUUUUCAUAUUUACUUAUAUCCCAAUGUCAUAGUGCUAAUUUUCAAAUAUGUAAAUGUAUUAAAGGCUGUGAGACAGUUAUGAUUUUUUUAGCUAGGUUUUAUAUGUCAGUUUUACGUGUUAAAAGUUGUGGAAGAUAUUUCCCCAAGCAUUUGAUAUAACUUGAUGAUAAUGUUUGACACUUAAAAAAAAACAUAUUGAGAAAGAUUUUUAUUGAUUUUAUAUUGUACUUAAUAUAUUGUGAAUGGAUUUUCACACAUUAAGGGACGGCAGUUGGAUUGUAUGUUGCCGAGAUGUAGACUGAACGAUAAAGGAGUUCUUAAUUUUUUUGAGAGAAACAUUUACUGAUCAUGUACAUGUAUAUGUAAAACUAGUUGUUGUUUCCCAUGGCAUUAUAUGUGUCCUCUUGUUACGAGUGAUAAUGUUAUCUUUAUACCUGGUUGUUAGGGGAGACAAUCCACCUGACCAUGCCUUGUUUCCUCUGGUACAUUUUCAGAUGAUAUUACAUAUGUAUGUACCGGUGAUUGUUCUAACCUUGUUGUGCGGGUUUUAUCAAUGUAUAAUAUAUUUCUGUCAUGUAUUAUUGACACAGUGUAAUCUGUAUACCAUACCAUUGUAUUCUCAUUAGAUGCAAGUAUUGCAAGCCUGUUAUUCUCAUCAUGUCCUAGCGUAGUUAUAAUUACAUCAUUAAUUACCUUUAAACUACUGCUAAAUUUGAUAACCUUUUGUACAAAUAUUUUAUUUCUCUUUAAGUUUACUUAUAAAUCAAACUCCUAUAACUAGCUUUAAAAUGAAUUGAUUUGUGAAAUGGUUUGUUUCCAUACUUUACACAUUCUGAUUUCUGAAGUUUGAUUUGAUAAAAAAUACCAGUGUGCAGUCCUUUUCCCUAGUAUUAUUAUGUUAGUGUAGUACCAUGCAGUAGUAGUUUUUGUUUACUUAGUUCCCAUUUUUUGAUUUUUAACUGUACAUAAAACUCAUUCUCUUGGUAUAUGUAUAUUUAUUGUAUUUGUUUUCUUAACUGGUUUAUGACCUGGAGUUGAUUAAAUGAAAGGUGUAUUUUCAUUUCAAAGAUGACACUAUUUUAAAUAGGUUGUUUAUAAGUACUAAAAAUUUAAAGAAAAUUUGAUAGUGUGGCAUAGUUUACUCCAUUGAAUUGCCAUUUGAUGUCCUUCUGUAUACUUACAUGAAACGUUCCAUAAAUCGUGUUAAUUUUAUACAAUUGUAGCUAACAAUGGUAAGUCUAACAGCUUCAAAAUACCAAUCAUGAGUCUCAAGCAAACUUGCUUUACAAGAGAAUUGUUUAAGUAACUUAUCAAUGUAAACUACCUUUUAUUUUAAUGGAAUAUUCUACCUUAAUAAACCUUUUUUUUUUUGAAUUUUUAAAAUACAUGUCAACCCACUUUUAAAAUGUGUGGUUUGUGAAACAGUAUUGUAUUAAUAGGUUUGCAUUUAAUUUUAUCACUUUUACAGAUUCAAAAAAAAAAAGUCUGUUGUUUAAGUCCAUUACAUAAUGAUUAUAUGUGAUUAUUUUCA